AUGGGUUCAGCUCUAUGGGAGCUUCUUGACAGCAUGUUCGCCGAUGAACAUAUUCCCUCACUCUUCUGCCUUAAACCGAAAACGCCGGCUUCGCUCCCAGAGCACUUCGGAUUUGUGUUGUCACUAGUGAGAGAUUGGAAUGACGGUAAGAAUACUAUCGAGAAAGCGUUUGAGAAAUCUAUAAAAGGCCAAUCUAUUGAUCUGUAUAAGAAAGCAGGUGAGCUCACCGGUGCGCUUCGUGACGCAUACCGUAGUAGGCAUUACAAUUAUGCUGAUAAUAGUCAUCGUCCUCUAUAUGACGAUUUAUCAAGUCUUUCUAUGACAUCGUCGUAUAGUGACCCUAUUAAAAAUAGAUUGUGCGCCCCUACCUUUCAUCGUUAUCCUGCGACUCAAUUAUUACCUGGCACUGAAGCACGCUAG